AUGUCAGUAAUAGACCUAAAAGCAUCAAUGUCAGCUAAGUACAAAUCCCAACAGGUGGUUACUUUCUUAGUAGUAUACGCUUGUUUCACUACUCUUGUCAUACAGGAAAACAAGAUCUCAAUUUGGUCUGUUGGAGACUUUGGAAAUGUGGGCACCAGUGGGGAGUAUCAAGGAGAACCACAGUUGCUGUGCGAUAUCAGACACCAUGGUGAUGUUAUGGACAUGCAGUUUUUUGACCAGGAGAGAAUUGUAGUUGCUUCAUCAACAGGAAGUGUAACCAUUUUCCGUCACCAUCAAAAUAAUCAGACUUUAUCUAUUAAUCAACGAUGGGAGAGGGCUCAUUAUCAUGUGGAUCCGGAUAUCCCUUUCUGUGGUGGAGCUUCAUGUACAGGGGUCAUCUGCAACAAUCCAGAAAUUGUCACUGUUGGAGAAGAUGGUCGAAUAAAUCUUUUCAGAGCUGACCACAAGGAGGCUGUGAGAACUAUAGAAAAUGCAGACAGCAGUACACUCCAUGCUGUGACCUUCCUUCGCACAACUGAGAUUUUGACAGUAAAUUCAAUUGGACAGUUAAAAAUAUGGGACUUCAGACAGCAAAGAAAUGAGCCAUCUCAGAUAUUUUCCUUGACAGGUGACAGAAUUCCACUACACUGUGUUGACAGACAUCCCAACCAGCAGCAUAUUGUAGCUACAGGUGGCCAAGAUGGAAUGUUGAGUAUCUGGGAUGUUAGACAAGGCAGCAUGCCAGUGUCCCUGCUCAAUGCUCAUGAAGCUGAAAUGUGGGAAGUGCACUUCCAUCCGUCCAACCCAGAUCACCUAUUUACAUGUUCUGAAGAUGGCUCUCUUUGGCAUUGGGAUACCUCUACAGAUGUGUCAGAAAAGCCAUCUUUUUUCCAUCAAGGUGGAAGAAGUAUUACAGUUCUGUCUCACACGGCUAACCAGUCUGUAAUAAGUGCCUGGCUAAACAACAAUCCUACCAAAGACCGCAUGGAGAUCACCAAUUUAGUUCCAAAUCAGACGUUAUCUGUGAAUAGUUUGGAUGUUUUAGGACCCUGUCUAGUAUGUGGUACUGAUUCAGAAGCCAUUUAUGUUAAUAGGCACCUCUUUUCUUGAAUAUACUUUAAAGGACACUCUUGAGUUUAACCACCUCAAAAACUAGUAGGAAAGGUCCUAAGUAUUCCAGGUUUUUUUAAAAAAAUAAAGCCUGGUAACACAAGGGCCUAUAACGUAGUCCUAGUAGUGCAGAGGGACAAGCUACAUAAGGCUCUUGAGAACUUUUCCAUCACCAUAGAUGCUUAUGCAUCCAGUGAAUGAAACAACAGUUAGCAUACAUUAUUAAGUACAACGUUCUUUAUUCCCAACUGCCUUUUGCACUUCUUACUUGGCAAGCAUAAAAACAAUCAGUAGUGAAAUAAAUGGUAUUUUAAAUAUAGUGUUAUAAGGGUGUUACAGUAGCUUAAAAGUGUGAAAUACUUGAACUCUGUUAAUGUUCAUGCUAUUGUAAUAAUACUCAAGUAUUUUGUUCAGGGCCAAAACUUAGGUUCUUUUAAAGACAACCUAAUAGAAAUAUUAUUACUUUUAACUUGACAUUUUUAUAUCUAAACAUUCCCAUGCAAUUGUUAUGCUGCUGCAUGUCAACUAGAAGGGGAAAUUGAAUUUAAUGGAAUGUAGAAAAGAUUGUUUAAAUGGUGGAUAGUUAAGUCCCAUAAGUCUAAAAAUCUUGGAGCUGUAAUAAUCUAAGACAAUGCUAAUAGCACUGGUAAGGGCAGGUUAACGUUUGAUAUAGACAUUAUGCCUAUACACUUUUGAUCUGUAGAAAAAUUAUGUUUAUAAGUUAGUCUUUAUUGGUGCUAGACAGACAUCUGACAAGCAUUAUCCUGUUAUGGUCAAGUUCAGAUAAUAAAGCAUUCUUGACAAAGCUUCAGUCAUGAGUUUUCUCAAAAUUGAUGGAUUACUAAAUCUAAGUGUUGCCAAACAAAACUCUCAUAAAAGUGCCUAACACAUGAAUAACUUAUGUCUAGCUUUUAUAACAAGGAACCCUUUCUGCAAUGUUUUUAAUAAAUGUGUGUUUUUCCA